CUAUCUAAGGAUAGUGCAGAACCAUAAAUACAUAGUGUUUUUCGAAAAAAAGUUAUUUCUCUAUUUAUUUUCUAGAUUUGUUAGUUUGUACUAAGGUGAUUUUGCAGCGGAAAUCAAACUCCGUUGGUACAUCUGAAACCUGCUGUGUGUAUCUAAUGGCUGGUAACAUGCAAACGAUUAAAUGCGUUGUAGUUGGUGAUGGAGCUGUCGGAAAAACGUGCUUACUUAUAUCCUACACUACAAACAAAUUUCCGAUGGAAUAUGUUCCGACUGUCUUUGAUAACUAUGCAGUAACUGUUAUGAUUGGCGGGGAACCUUACACUCUGGGACUUUUUGAUACAGCUGGUCAAGAAGAUUAUGACCGUUUGAGACCUCUCAGUUAUCCUCAAACGGAUGUUUAUCUAGUUUGCUUUUCAGUGGUUAGUCCGUCCUCUUUCGAAAAUGUCAGGGAAAAGUGGGUCCCAGAAAUAACACAUCAUUCAUCGAAAGCGCCGUUUAUUCUUGUCGGAACACAAAUUGAUCUUCGUGAAGAAGAGACCACAGCAAACCUUCUGAAAAAAAAUAAGACGAAACCGAUCACUUCGCAACAGGGUGAACAACUUGCCAGAGAAUUAAAAGCCGUCAAAUACGUAGAAUGUUCGGCGCUUACCCAGAAAGGUUUGAAAAAUGUGUUCGACGAAGCUAUCAUUGCUGCCCUGCAACCUCCACCCCCGCGUAAGCAGAAACGUUGUUGUCUGCUGUGAAGAAUGAGUUUAUUUCCGAUCCUUAUUGUUAUUACUGAUUUGACUUGUUAUGGAAAAUCAGCAAACUUGUUAGUCGGAUUCCUGACGAACUGUAAUAUUAUCUGCAUAUUACCCAUAUUAUUAUCAAUUAUUUUUAUUGAUAUCAUUAAUAACUCUCACAGUCUCAACUAAAAUGUAUUCAACAGCGAUAUGAGUACUUUUAAAAACGUGGCCUUGAUGCCUUACUUUUCCCCCCUUGCUUUUUUCUUUACAAAACGGUGAUCUUGCUGCUAAUUUUAAAAAUUUUACUAAUAAUGCUAUUUGUUAAAUGACUCUGUGUAUCUUCACUGACUUUCAUUUAUAUCGUUUUGUUAGCCCAUAAUUUGUUUUAAAGUAGCGUUUAUUAUCAAUAGUGAUAUCAUCUGAAUUCAUACUAGCUAUAAUGUUGGGUUUGUGUGAAAAAAAGUCCAUUUUAC